AAAUGCAAGAGCUUCCGGCUUACUCACGUGGCUGUAGCUGUCACAUGAUCGCUUUAUCGAAAACGUCAACACAAUGGCAGCAUACUUACAGUGGCGAAAAUUUGCAUUUUUCGACAAGGACGCAGUAAAGGAUCGUUUAGAUAAUGGGAAAAACUUUGAUCUUCCGAAUGGAAUAUCUGCUUGCGACUCCGGACGUGGUCAUAUUGUUCUUGGUGAUAUGGACGGCAACGUCUGGCUUUUGAUGCGCUCAUUGCAGCUGACAACUUUCCAGGCUUACAAGUUGCGAGUAACACAUCUCUUCCAACUGAAACAACACAGCAUCCUUGUAACAGUGGGGCAGGAUGAACACGGAAUGAACCCCCUGGUAAAGGUGUGGAACUUAGACAAAAGAGACAGCGGGAAUCCUCUCUGCACAAGAAUUUUUCCUGCAAUUCAAGGCAACAAACCGGCAGAGGUGUCAUGCCUGAGUGUACACGAGAACCUCAACUUUAUGGCCAUUGGUUUCACGGAUGGCAGUGUGGUUCUAACCAAAGGUGACAUUACUCGAGAUCGUCACAGUAAAACUCUGACUCUGCAUGAAGGAACCAUCCCAGUCACUGGUCUCGCCUUCCGCCAAGUUGCAAAAGUCACACAUCUGUUUGUUGCUACCCUUGAGAAAGUCCAUUGCUACACCCUGUCUCUCAAAGAGUAUCCAAAAGUCGAGCUGGAUACACAUGGGUGUGCUCUUCGCUGCUCCUCCAUCACAGAUCCCUCGCAGGAUUCUCAGUUUAUAGUCGCUGGUGAUGAAUGUGUGUAUUUGUACCAGCCAGACGAAAGAGGUCCCUGCUUUGCCUUUGAUGGAACUAAACUUUUGGCCCACUGGCAUCGAGGAUAUCUUUUCUUACUUACUAGGAAUACAAAGUCGCCCAACAAGACGAGGUUUGGAAGCAGGGAAAGCUCUCCAUCAGACAAACAGCUUCUGACCAUCUAUGACUUGGACAACAAGUUUAUCGCCUACAGUGCCUCAUUCAAUGAUGUCAUUGAUGUCGUGGCUGAGUGGGGCUCCUUCUACAUCCUCACCAGAGAUGGUAAAAUGUAUGUUCUUCAAGAAAAGGACACACAGACCAAACUGGAGAUGCUGUUUAAGAAGAAUUUGUUUGUAAUGGCCAUAAACCUGGCUAAAAGCCAGCACCUGGACAGUGAUGGGCUAUCAGAGAUCUUCAGACAGUAUGGUGAUCACCUCUACCUUAAGGGAGACCACGAUGGUGCGAUUCAGCAGUACAUUCGCACAAUUGGGAAGCUGGAGCCAUCUUACGUCAUCAGGAAAUUUUUGGAUGCACAAAGAAUCCACAACCUGACAUCUUAUCUCCAAGCGUUGCACAGGCAGUCGCUGGCCAACGCAGACCACACCACACUACUGCUGAACUGUUACACCAAGCUGAAGGACAGUUCGAAGCUGGAAGAGUUCAUUAAGAGCAGUGAAAGCGAGGUUCAUUUUGAUGUCGAGAUUGCUAUUAAGGUUCUACGACAGGCCGGCUACCACAGCCAUGCUGUUUACUUGGCAGAGAAGCACAUGCAUCAUGAAUGGUAUUUGAAGAUACAGCUCGAAGAUCUCAAGAACUACGAGGAAGGGCUACGUUACAUCGGACGGCUUCCUUUUGAACAAGCCGAAAGCAACAUGAAGCGUUAUGGCAAGACACUGAUGCAUCACAUUCCCGAAGGUACAACCGUGCUUCUGAAGGGCUUGUGCACUAACUACCGACCAAGUGGUGACAGCGCUGAAACUGACAGCCUCUUGGAGAAGAUGCAGCUCAAUAAGGCCAACUCUGAGGAAUUCAUUCCAAUUUUUGCCAACAACCCCCGAGAGCUCAAAGCCUACCUAGAACACAUGAUUGAGGUGGACUCUCGGUCUCCUCAAGGGGUUUAUGACACACUGCUGGAGCUCCGACUGCAAGACUGGGCACAUGAACAGCACCCUGAGAAAAAAAAGAUCCUGCAAAAUGAAGCCUUGUCACUCCUGAGGAGCGACAAUACUGUGUUUGAUAAAGCCCUGGUCCUCUGUCAGAUGCACAACUUCAAAGAGGGCGUCCUUUACCUCUAUGAGAAGGGCAAACUAUAUCAGCAGAUUAUGCACUACCACAUGCAGAAUGAGGUGUAUGACAAGGUGGUAGAAGCUUGCAAAUGUUAUGGGGACCAGGAAGGUUGCCUGUGGGAACAAGCUCUGGGAUACUUUGCAAGAAAAGAAGAAGACUGCAAGGCGUACAUCAGCGAAGUCUUGCAUCACAUUGACAAGAACAACCUGAUGCCUCCUUUACUCGUCGUGCAGACACUGGCACACAACUCUACAGCAACCCUCUCAGUUAUUAAAGACUACCUAAUCAAUAAGAUGCAGAGGGAAAGCGAACAAAUCGAGGACGAUGAACGUAAAAUCUGCCAAUAUCGUGAGGAAACUGCUCACCUUCGCUCUGAGAUCCAGGAGCUCAAGACAAGUGCAAAAAUAUUCCAGAAGACAAAGUGUAACAUGUGCAACAGUCCCCUGGAGCUCCCGUCCGUUCAUUUCCUGUGCAGCCAUUCUUUCCACCAACACUGCUUUGAAAGUUAUGCUGAGAGCGAGGCCGAGUGUCCAACAUGUACUCCAGAAAACCGCAAAGUCAUGGACAUGCUGCGUGCCCAGGACCAGAAGCGAGACCUGCAUGACCACUUCAAUAGACAGUUACGCAGCUGUCAUGAUGGAUUCUCUGUCGUGGCUGACUACUUUGGCCGAGGAGUUUUUAACAAACUAACUCUUCUUACGGACCCACCCGGCAGCAAACCUGUUGGUAAUCUAGAAGUCGGUCUACAGAGAGACCUUCUCAUCCGCACCAAGAGGAACAGCUAGAGAAUACAGAACCUCUUUGGGGUCAGAGUCAUGUUUGUGUUCAAGUGUGUCGUGUCCAGGUCACAGAUCAGUGAUUUCAAUCAACCAUGUCUUUCUGCAUAGGACACAACUUUAAUGUCCCUUCUGCCUGUUUUUAGUGAUGGAUAUCUAGCCUGGGUGAUGAUUUAAUAAAUACGGUGAAACCUCGGUUUUUGUUGUUAAUUUCAAAUUUUUCCAAUCAGAAAUAAUGUAAAUCCAAUCAAUUUGUUCAGCACCCAAAAAUAUGAACGCAAAACACAUUUUAUACACUAGGGGAUCCACACUAAUAACUUCUCAACAUCUUCGAUACUUUGUGGUCUCUGUUUGGUGAACAUCCUUUCCCAACAUUAGUUUUCUUGAUUUCUUCUUUCUUUGCCAGGAUGGAACUUAUUGUUGAUGCAGACUCAGCGCACAUCCUGGCAAGAUUGGCCACACGAAGGCCAUCUUGAGUUCUUUAGUGAAGGUUUUUGUCGAAAACCGAAUCAUGCGAAAACUGGAGCAUUUGAAAACCGAGGUUUGACUGUACACCUCUCAGAUUAAGUCAGACCCCGGGACUUAAACCCUUUCACAACUGCACUUACAAAUGUGACCUGUGUGUUUGCUCGUAUCCUGCGCUAACCAGCUGCAACAUCAUGACCUUGUGCACAUCUAACGGGAUCAAAUACAAGAUCUGUAUAAAAAAAAAAAUCUGCCUUUUAAAAGUAGUGCUCUGUUUAAUGAAGUGUAUACGUUUAACAGUGUUUAUUCAUGCGGUUGUAGUUGUGUAGAUCUGCACAGCUUGUGUCUUAAUAUUGGAACUCGUGUAGCUACCGUAAUUGGAACAGCAUGCAAAAAAACACGUCAAGCAUCUUCCACUAGUGAGAAUGUGUGACAACAAAAAUUGAGGAUUAAAAUUGCUUAUGUUGGUG